CUGUGACUACCUUCCCGAGAGCAGAGAGCUGAUGGGAGGUGAUGAAGCACAACUGACAUAGCAACAAUGGGCGAGAUGGACGAAGAGCGAGUCACGUGAAGAUCACACAUAAGCUUUCGGAUUUUUUUAUUGCGCUAAACUUAUUCCAUCCUUGCCACUCGAAAAAGUAACUUUGACCGAGGUUAUCCGCCCGCUCGUUUACUAAUCGAAAAUAUUGAGUCUUCUAUUUUACAAAUUCAGAAUUCAUUUUCCUCCGACGGGUGUUGGAUGUUGAUUAAGUUUCGCAUGAUGGGUAAUGGCCCAUCGCCUAUGGGCGGGAAAUUCGAAGGUGACCGCUAGUCAAAUAUGGUAUUUAAUUGGCAGGAGUCCGGCACCUGCAGAGAACUCGGAGUAUUCAACGUGACCAGACGCUGUUUUGUUUUCUCUCAGUUCUGCUUCUUGGUUGGUCUUCACCCUUUACGCAAUCCACUGGUCGACGCGCUGACAGUUAAAAGGGCAAGAGAAACAUGGCGAAAGGACGAUCUUCUCACGCACACACUUACAAAACAGAUUUUCUUUUUACUGUUUUAUUUCAUAGCUUUUUAUUAAUUAUUAUUUUUUUUUCAGCAUUAAUCCCAUCUCGUUACAUCUUUACGGCACUGAUCUCUAUUGGCCUAGCUAUUAUUUAUGGAUUGAAGGUCAAUUUAAGUGUGGCCAUUGUCGUCAUGAUUAAUUCAACGGAAUUAGCAUUAAUGGCGUCAUCGGAAUCCCACCAAGAUACCCAUCACACUUUCUCUAACGGAACGGGAUCUGCUGGCGUACCUGAAUUUGCUUGCGCAGCUCAAGAUACUGGAACCAACAAGACCGUGGUCGCUCAGGAUGGACCAUUCGCUUGGCCCGAACCUGUUCAAGGAUUGGUGUUGUCCGCAUACUUCUGGGGUUACCUCUUGACUCAAAUUCCAGGGGGGAUGAUAGCUGAAAAGUAUUCGGCAAAGUGGGUCAUUUGGGCUUCCGUACUCGUUAACGUCGUUUUUACAAUCUUGACACCGCUCGCGUCGAAUAUCAGUUACAUUGCUGUCCUCGUUGUCCGAUUCAUCGAAGGACUCGGCGCUGGAGUAUCACUUCCAGCCAUUCACGUCAUGCUGACAAAGUGGGUUCUGACGGAAGAGAGAAAUCUAAUGUCUUCUUUGGCUUAUGCCGGUAUGGCGUUGGGUACCGUCAUCUCACUUCCAUUUUCGGGAAUUUUAGCCGCCUCAUGGGGCUGGGAAUCGGUUUUUUACGUUCAAGGAGGUCUGGCAAUGAUCUGGUGCGUUUUAUGGCUCAUCUUUGUCUUCGAUUCACCGGAAGAUCAUCCGCGAAUUCAUCCGGCUGAAUUGGAACUUUUCGAGGCUGAACACCCCCAUGAUGUUGACGAAACUAUUUCUAACGGGGUCCAAAAAGAAGAAGAACAGAGCAUGUCAGCCACAGAAGUAGUUGUGGCGGUCCCCGCCAAAGACGAUAAAAAUAAGCCGAAACCCAAGAAAGUCCACCACGGACACCAUUGGCAUGGAUUCCAUGGUUGGCACGGAUUUCACGGAUGGCACGGGUGGCACGCAGGACACAAACACCACGAACAUCCUAAACUCCAUAAAGAACAUCUUAAAAAGCAAGGCCACGCUCAUCACGGUGGACACGGACAUGCGAAUUUGCCAAUUCCAUGGAGAGCUCUCGCUACUUCCGGGCCUUUCUGGGCCAUCCUUGUGGCUCACACAUGCAACAAUUUUGGCUGGUACAUGCUCUUAGUUGAGUUACCCACCUACAUGAAAGCUAUUUUGCGCUUCAAUAUCAGUCAGAAUGCCGGGUUGUCCGCCAUUCCAUACGUGUCGUUGUGGAUAUUCAGUAUCAUUUGGAGUAAUCGUUUAGAUUGGGCAAAAGGCAAGGGGUGGAUCUCCACCACAACUGUGCGGAAGUUGUCAACAGCUGUCGGAUCUUUGUUGCCCGCUGCCUGUUUCAUUGGUGUCAGCUUGGUUGGAUGCGAUCGCCAAGCAGCCGUGGCUCUGAUGACUGUCGGUACCAUGUUCAUCGCCGGAAUGUAUUGCGGAUUUCUUACCAAUCACGUUGAUAUCGCACCCAAUUACGCUGGAACUUUAAUGGCUCUGACGAAUACGGCGGCUACGAUUCCGGGAUUUAUCGUUCCAGCCUUUGUCGGUCAACUAACCCACGGAAAUCAAACUUUGGGCCAAUGGCAAAUCAUUUUUUUCACCACGGCAGCUGUUCUCGGCCUAGAGUUUGUCGUUUACACAGUGCUGGGAUCUGGAGAAGAGCAACCUUGGAACCAUGUCGGUAGUCACAAAGCUGAAUUAAACAAGGAUACAACUAUCAGGGGAAUCCAGCAGGAACCUGAAACAGAACAGCUGGAUGCUGAAAAAAGAGAAAACGCAUAGAAAUCUUAUCUUUUUCAACAAACUAACAAAAAAGAGCUCAUUCAUGCUCCUUAAACUUCUCAUGCUGAGAGUUUCUGUGUGACCUAUAACGAACACUAAUAAAAUGGACAACGUGUA